AGUACCGCCUCCGUACGAACUCGUAGGGAAUCCGACGGAUUUUGGAGCACGCAGACACGCCGUAGAACAUUACGUGCAGGCAAAACUUGGUGUGCCAUUGGGCGGCGGAUUCGCCUCCCGUACUUGCCAUUACGGGCGACGCGCCUACCCUGUACAGCCUGAACGUUUUCAGAAAUACGUGGCGGACGUGGCCUCCCAAAAAACGUACGGACAAAUUGGACGUACGGCGGGUUGUGCCCUUAGCUUAAGCCACGCAGUAGCUACCAUAACAGUUUCAUGAGAGAAGUGCCGUUACCCGACGUCAUAUGAAUCAUACGCCAACGCAGUGGACCGCCCCACCUACCAAAGGAACUGGUGACCGAGAGUGGCUGUCAAGUUGCCCUUGACCUUUCACCUCCCAUUAUGGCGGAUGUGUUGUUGUUGUAGUAGUUUGUACGAGUUCCGGGAUCCUACAAGCCACGGACGGCUUUACGUGCGACGUCCCCUGGGACAGGAGCAUUUUUAUUUUGCCUCAGGUGGCUAAAAUAAUAGUCGUCACACCUGCUCCAGCCACAGGAAGGCGGCACAUAUGGCCUCAGUCCUCCGCCGUGUGGCCGUCUCCGCUACCCUGGUGUCCCUAACCGUUCCUGCCGGACUGUACGCCUUCGCCAAACUCAGCCCUGAGACGGCAGCAGUCUACUGCAAGCCUGCGUUCCUCUGGAUAUGUGCUAGACUCAAAAGAAUCAACCAGAAGCGAUUUUCUCGAUUGAAAGAGAACAUAUUUUCUGGGCUGAGGGAACAAGAUGGGAGAUCUUUGCAAGUUUUGGAGAUCGGGCCGGGGAAAGGAACCAACUUUGAAUAUUUUCCCCCAAGAACUUCUGUGAUCGCUGUUGACCCCAACCCCUACUUUAAACUUGAUCUUGAAGAAAGUUCCAAACGGUACCCCGAUGUUAAGGUGACGAAGUUCGUAGUUGCUGGUGCAGAGGACAUGGCUGACGUGGCGGAGGGAUCUGUGGACGCUGUCGUGUGUACUUUGGUCCUGUGCUCCGUCCAUGACGUCGACGCCGUCCUUGGAGAGGUCAAGAGAGUUCUCAAGCCGGGAGGCAGGUUCUAUUACCUGGAGCACGUGCGGCACCCGACCCUAGCCCGGACACAGGCCCUACAGGAGCUGUUCAACUCCGUCUUCUACUCGCUCGGAGGCGGCUGCAAUAUAAACAGGGAAACGUGGAGAAACAUCGACAAUGCCGGCUUCUCAGACGUCAAGUACAAAAUGGAGGGCAACAUCAGGCCCAAGUUCAUGUUUCACAUGCUGUAUGGGACGGCUGUAAAGUAGAUAAAACAAAAUAUUGAUAUUGCACUGACACUACUGAUGAUAUCAGUAUCUUAGUACAGUACGUAUUCACAACAAAAGCAUUUCAUGUCGACGUCAUUUAGAAAUAAAACCUCUCAGCCAAAUAACAUACUUCCAGAAAACAUUUCAAAAUGCACUCCUUAGUAGGUAAGAAAGCUGUCGUUGGAUUUGAAACUGAAUCAUAUGACCAAUAACGUUAUACAUUGUAUCAUAUGGGAUUUAAACAUUCAAAGUUUUCGACAAUCAAGGAAUUGUAUUGUACAGAAUGUUUUGAUGCUAAACUGAUUUUGUUUUUGUGCAAAAUAUCUGUAUAUAAUUAUAUAUA